CGGAUAUUUACACGCCGUCCGAGCCUCUGGAAUAUAUUGGGAAUACCCGAAUACAUCUAUAUAAAGUAUAAUAUUUCGUACGUUUAACCUAUUUUAAGCAUGCAUUGUAGCUUUGAAACCUAAGUGAUUGCCGUGUGGUCGAGGACUCGAGUUGCCUGCAAAUGUCGUGUGGCGUCGUGCAAUGGUUGUCUGUCAAGUUGUUCUCUGUUAUCCGACCAAAAGGAAGCACUCCUUUGCCAACUGGUGUUAUAAUAGCGUUAUUUGUUAGCAUGGUAAGGUAUAUGAUUUGAUAAUAUAUUGCCAGAAUAAAUAUAGAACAGAGAUUAUCAUUUAUGUGUGAAAUAUAUAUAAAGUGCCACGACUUUGUAUAUGUUUGACAAGGCUUAAUGUUGCAAAUUAUGACAUACGCUCUAUGAAUAGAAAUCUGGGUCAUUCCAGAAAACAUCCAUACCUCCCCUACUGAGGUGGGUGUUAUCACCCCCCCCCCCCCUUUUACUAUUAGCAGAAACACAUUUUUCUCUCCCUUCUGACAGCAGAAAUUUCCUCUGUCGGGAGAGUGUGGAUCUUUUCUUGAAGUUGAACGACCUAUUAUGUAUGCUUAAGUAUAUUGGAUGGUUGGUCUCGGCAAGUACAUGCUCUUCAGAUAUACAUAUAAUUAUAUUUAUUCAUUGUGAGGCUAUUCUUGCACGUAAAUGUUUAACUAAUUUUAACCUGUUAAGGUGGCUCAACACAGUUUUUGAAAAAAUGGAAAAUUUACGAUUUAGUCACCGAUGUCGUUUACGAGUUAAAUUACUUUAAAGCCAAAAUAUCCGCCAUUUUGAAACGUCAUUGUUGCCAUAGCAAUGGCAGUUAUGUAACUUUUGUGUAAAAAUUCAAAAAAAUUCUUUAUUCUAUUCUCUCUUGUUUAUCAACAAGUAAUAAUUGUCCAAAAAUUCGCAUCUAAAUUGUGAAUUUACCAUUUUUUAGAAACUGUAUUGAACCGCCUUAAGAUAUAAAAUUAGGGUUAAGGCCGGGUCACACUACACAACGAUAACAAUAUGAUAAAUUGUAAACACGUGAUAAUUGCAGCAAUGGACACUGAUGCACACAUUCCACUCACUCCAGCAUCCAACAUCUAGCUCAUUUUCUGUCAAGGACAAAAUCAAGAUGUUAACAAUAUACUUACUAUAUGUAUGCCCACCUACAGUGGCGGAAAUCUUGGUGGGGCCGGGGGGCGGCCGCCCCCCCCCCCACCUUCAUGGAAAAUUGACGAAUUUUCAGAAAUUUUGAUCUAAAAGAGAGCCAGAAACAGUCUUUUCGAGUGCAAAUGGGGGGGGGUAUGUCGGAAAUUUGAAAGUUUUGUCGGAAAUUUAGGAGGCAUUGCCCCCCCCCCCACCGGAAAAAGUGAAUUUCUGCCACUGCCCACCUACUUUCUGCCACUGCCGGCAAUAAAGUUCUUAUAACUUUUUAUAGUUUGGAAAUGCAAUUGCAAUGCAAAUGUUGUUUGCUUUCCUACCUGAUAUGGUGAAGGUAUGUUUAACUACCCAAUUAUAUGCUGGUAGUUUUUUUAUGUAAACUUUCUUGUUUUACCCAAAAUGUUAAAAUAUAUGUUUUAGAGUUUUGGGAUUGCUGAUGAAGAUGCAGGUUAGCAGUUUUAAUUAUUAUACAGUGGAACCCUACCAUACGACCAAUUUAAGGAAGCACUCCUUAUAUAAAAUUAAUACAAUUAAGGCCACAUAAAAAAAAUUACUUGUUUAGCGUCCACCCAUUUUAAUUUUUCUAGGUGGGGCGGGCGGUUUUUUUUUUGGUUUUUUUUUUUCUCUAAAAUGCAACACAAAAUUCUGCUAAAUGCAGGAAAUCCAGUAUAUUACCACAGUCAAAACUCACUUUAAUUCUUUCAAAAUCCGUUCAUGUUUUUUAAUACAGUUCAUGUUUUUAAUAAAACAGAAAAUUACCGUUUGGCGGUCACGCGCGAACACUUUAGCUGCGAACAGGCAUAUUCUGGGAAGGAAACAUUGUGUAAACGUAUUACAUAGCUCCCAAGCUUUUCAAGUAAAACGGUCUUUUUUAUAGAGAGUUUUUGCACUAAACUCGGAUGGAUUUAAAAAAAAUAAUAAAAAAAUUGGAGGUCGGGGACUUUUAUCAGGUCGGGUGGGAAUGCUAAACAAGUAAUUUUUUUUAUGUGGCCUAAUUAAAGCCUAAUGUCUAAAUCAUGAAAAUGAGGCUCUAUAGCCAAGGUGGUCUGUACUUUCCAGAAGCAUGUACAUGAAUUGUAGCAUACUGUUUAAUAAUUGAUACAUUACUUUAUUUUAAGGUUAUUAUGUGGGAAUGCUUGCAUCUGCAGUAUUUUUAGGCAGAUUUAUUUCGAGGUAAUUAUUUAAUUGUGGUCGUUAAAUAAGAUAAUCAGCAAUCACCCAAUGAAAUUAUUGCGUAUUAAUAAAUUUAAAACUAUUGAAACGUAUAUUGUAUAUAUCCUGAUUUACAACAUAUUGAAACGAUAGUCAGAAGUCAGUGGUGUGGAGGUGGGUCCCAGCUCCCUGAAGACUCCCGCCAUGACCUUUGCACCAACCACACAGAUACGAUUAAGCUAGGGUGCUGGUAGCCUGUGGCAGGUUUGUGGGGACUGUCUCCUUAUGGAAUGAACUUCCAGAGAACAUAAAAAAUGAUGUAUAUCUUUUAGAAAAUCAUACAUAUAGUACUUAGCAUAUUUUAGCCUUUGACGAUUUUUAAAUCCAUACUAGUAAUUAAUUAGUUAGAAUUUUAUGUUAGUAUAUAUAGCUUAUAUAACUCUUUGUAUAAUGUUAAUUGGCUCUGAAAAAUCCCAUUGGGGAGAGUUCAAUAAAUUAUUGUAUCGUAUGAGCUCUAGGUGAAUUUUAAUUGUUAAAAUUUUGGUUCUUUCGUCCAGCUACUUCUGGGGCUGGCUUUCAGAUAAAGUUGGCAGACGACAAGUUCUGUUAUGGUGUACUUUCCUGCUGUGUAUUACAACCUUAACAUUUGGUUUUGCAAAAUCAUUUGAAGUUGCUCUUGUUAUUAGGUUUAUUACUGGCUUGCUUGCAGGUGUGUAAGUUACAUGAUUCAGAUUGGAAGAAUUUAAAAAGUCUGACUGUGGCACUGUGCUUCUCUAAUUUUUACAAGCUCCAAUUUUAUAGGCAUAGCUGGAACAGUCAAGGCAUCUUUGGCAGAAGUAUGUAAUGAUUCAAACCAGGUUAGAUUACUCUUGUUUUGUUUGAAAAAUCUCUUAGUAUUUUUAUCAAAAUGCACCCAACUAUAUUAUUCCAUUUAGUGACUCUGUCUAAUGCCAGACAAUUUUACUCAUCAAGGGGAGUCUGCCUGAGUCUCAUGCUAUAAUGGGUUAGCGAUCUGCCCUAUUUUGUUAGCCCAAUUAAGUUGCAAGCAUCUAAAUUUAUCGUUUCACUUUGUCCACUAAUGCCAGAUGAUUUUACUUGACAAUUAAGGCCGGGAGCUCACUGGACUAGUCUUGUGCUUUAAUGGGUUAAUGAAUUAGAUAAUUUUUUUCAAAUUUAUAAGCUCGUAUUUGCCAUGUUCUGUACAGGCGUUAGGAAUGUCAGUGAUUGUGACUGCGUGGAAUUCUGGACUGAUCAUUGGUCCAGCUGUAGGAGGUAUUAAAAGCUGUUUAAUUGAUGCUAUUAACUCGUCUUUGAUUUAUGUUUAUAAUAGUUUAUUUCUGUAUUAUCUACUGUAUUUACUAGGUUACCUUGCGAAUCCAGUUGAAAAAUAUUCUGUAUUUAAAGGGAGUAAGUAAAAUUAUUUAUUUUAAGUAUAAGUUUAAGCUAGCCAAGAAUAAGUCAAACAGUAUAAGCCACGUUUACACUACUGCAAGAGCAGCUUGUUCCAGGUCACAGCCAGACCAAGGCAAUUGGGAUACGUUUCCACUGUUUACAAAAUUGCCACAAGGCUUGACUUAAUUAGGCCAGCUUUACCAGACAUUCUAGCCUAGCUCAGACCUAAACUAGGCCAAAGCUUCGUUACAAAUUACCAAAUGUAGACCAAAGCAAGGCUCAACCACUGCUAUACAGUAUAUCCUACAGUAACUCAAUUACAUGCAGUAUUAUAAUCCUAACUCAAUUGCUUUUCUUAUUAUAACGGAGGAGACAUAGACUACAUUUUAUUUCAGCUAUAGUAAAAUGUUUCAUCUUCCUCCAAUAAAAAAUGGCACAAGUAACAUUUCCUGGUUUUCCUUGAAGCAAUAUGUUACAAAACCAUUAAUUAAGUGAUAUUACACUGUGCCAACACUGAACUGCAUGCUGCAGUUGGAAGUUUAUAAUUUUCCCUGCAAUCUAUUUUCAGGUUCUUUUUUUGAAAACUUUGCCUACCUAUUUCCAUGUCUGGUGAAUGCAGCAAUUUGCUUCUUCAGUUUGCUCCUGGUAUUUUUUAUCUUCCCUGAAACUUUAGCUUCUAAACGGUAUGUGCGCGCCUCACAUUUGCAAGUCAGGGAUUCGAUUCAGUAUACAUACAGUAUGUUGUCUGAUUAUAAUUUCACCUCAGUUGUAUGCGAGAAGAGUGCUUCCAGUUUAAUUCUACCAAAGACUGUACUUUAGAACUGAUAGAGCUACCCAGUAUAAAUAAGAUUAGUAUAGCUAGGUUUCUCUUGUAGUAACACUGAGAUGACCCUUACUGCAUGGAUCUCUAGGGAGAACAGUUAGAACUGAUAGAGUUAUCCAGUAUAAAUAAAGUUAGUUUAGUUUACUAGGUUUUCUCGUGUACAUAGUAACACUGGAUCAAUAAGAGAUGACCCUAAUUACUGGUCCUCUAGGGAGAACAGUUUAGAACUGAUAGAGCUAUCCAGUAUAAAUAAAGUUAGUUUAGGUUUCCUCCUGUAGUAACACUAGAUCAACAAGAGAUGAUCCUUACUAGACCUCUAGGAAGAACAGUUUAGAACUGAUAGAGCUAUCCAGCAUAAAUAAAGUUAGUUUAGGUUUCCUCCUGUAAUAACACUGGAUCGAUAAGCCCUUACUGGACCUCUAGGAAAAACAGUUUAGAACUGAUAGAGUUACCCAGUAUAAAUAAAGUUAGAUUAAUAACUGUUUAGUUGAGCAGUGUGAAAGAAGUUGUUUAUUUCACAUUCUUUUUCUUCUUUUAAAAGAAAGACGAAAGACAAAGAAAUACCAGUAUCGAUUAUCAAUCCAGAAACCGAAAUUCGCAAAACUCCACAAGCUUCCCCUUCUUCGAACAGACAACGGUCAACGUCCAAAACAAGUCAGAAUGAUCUACCGAACGGCUGUCAGUCAGGACAACAAGACGAGGACUCCACCAUCCAAAAGUCACUCCCAAAAACUGAAGAAAUGUUGUUACUGUCCGGCUCUGUGUCCUUCUUACCUGAAAUACAUCUACAAAGCUAUCCUGGUUCGAUGGAAAAAAAUGAUGGUGCGAAAGAGGAGCCAUAUGUGCCUCCUGUGGGAAAAGCUAAGCCUGGAGUGUUAAGAAAAACUUAUAAAUCAAUGAAACAAAGUAAACUGGCAAAACUUUGUAGGUAUGGGUCAUUAUAAAGAUUAUUAGAAAAUUCUUAAACGUUGUAGUCUGGUGUAGGUAGUAUUCCACAAUAAGCUCACUCAAAGUCGUGGUUUGUGUCUGUCGGCGGAGUGAACUACCUGAAAAAGAUAUCUCAAACAGGGUGGUCCAGUGUAGGUAGUAGUCUACAAUAAGCUGUCGUGGUUUGUGUCUGAACUACCUGAAGAAGACAUCUCAAACGUGGCGGUCCAGUGUAGGUAGUAUUCUACAAGAAGCUGUCGUGGUUUGUGUCUGAACUACCUGAAAAAGAUAUCUCAAACGUGGCGGUCCAGUGUAGGUAGUAUUCUACAAUAAGCUGUCGUGGUUUGUGUAUGAACUACCUGAAAAGAUAUCUCAAACGUUAUGGUUAAAAACGUCUGGUACUGGGUAGACUCGUUAUUGGGUUUGGUUUUCUUACAGAAACAAAGACGUGAGAAAUUGUGUUGGUUUAUAUACUGUAUUUUCUUUUGCUGCGGUAGCUGAGCAUGAAAUAUACAGUGUAUGGGCGGCAACUGGAAAAGAGUAUGGUGAGAUUUACCCUCUUAACUCUUACCCUUAUUGGUUACCUUAACUCUUACUGUACCAUUAUUGGUUAUUAUAGAUUUCUCUUAUGGUACAUUAGUAAAAACCAUGAUGUUUAAUACUUACCUGUAAAAUAUCAUCAAUGGUUUUUCACCAAUUUACCAUAUGGGGAAUCUAUAUAAUUACCAAUAAUGGUAAGAGUUAAAUGUUUACAUUGAAAGUAUACAUGGUAAAUCUUUCAUAACCAUUCAAAAACCAAAUAAUGAAAAUUAGAAUUUUACCCCUGUGAUUUGAAUCUACGUAAGGUGCUCAUAUAGUGCAUGCUAGCAAUCUAAUUCUUCCUUCCUCCAUUAUUUUCCGAACUGUCCGCGUCUAGAAUCAAAGCCCGUCCAGAGCUCAGUGAAUGUGGUUGCACUAAACAGUGUCCCGACUUUCAGGUGGGCUUGAUUUUAGCACAGAUGAUCUUGGAUUUACUUUAACGCUUGUCGGGAUUGGCUGUGCUAUUUCCAACUGUAUUAUUUUCCCACAGGUAAUAUUAACGUUUUUGUGGUUAGAGCACGAUCAUAAAAUAAUCUGGGGGAAUUGGCCUUCGCGUAACAUUUCACAUAUAACAAAAUAUUGCCAUCCAGUCAUGAUCCAGUGAUCAGAAUGUUUCAUUGUCUUUUAUUGUUUUGAGAAUCCCACUGUUCUCCAUGCCAUCCAGUCAUGA